UGAGUUAAAAUCCUCAUUCUUGCGUGAUGUAAUCCUCUGUGUUUCAGUAUGGCUGGCAGGCCUGUGUUUAAAGGUCUCUGUAAAUAAAGCUAUUUUUACUGUACAAGCAGUGUAUUUAACACUCGUAUGCCCAGUGAUCGAUCAUCGGUGGCGUUUACUGAAGGUUUCGGAAGUCUUGUCAUCGGAAUGUACUCGAACUGAGAUGAACUGAUAGUGGAGCAAUGAGCCACCAAUAAACUACAGCUGUUAGCUGUGCUUCAUGUGUAUUGGCGCGAUGGAAAGUGACUGUAGGAUUCCCAUGUCCUGUCUGAGACCCCGAAUCCUGGCCCUGCACGCUUUAUUUUGGGUAUUAGUUUCUCUUAGAGUUUUUGGAGCAGCUCUUCUUAGCGAUGAAAGGUCUGCAGUUGCAGUGACAAGGGGUGCGACAGCACCAUGCUGGCAGGUGGAAGAGUUUUUAGUGGCUAAAGAGUGCAGCGCAUGUGAAAAAUUACAAUUGAAAAUACUACCAGCAUGUUUCCAUACAGGAUAUGUAGAAAAGAUCAACUGCACUAAAUCUAACAAAGAUGAAUACAAAAGUUGUCGCUCUACCAGAAUGGAGGAGCACCUCUUCUGGAAGUUUGAGGGUGCCAUGCUGGUUCUCACUGUUUUCUUUGGAAUAGUGGUGGUUGUUAGACAACGGUCCCUGGACCGCCAAGCUUCAGACAAGGUUCGAAGACAGAUAGAAUCUAUUUAGUAAACUGAAUUGUACUAAAAGCUAAAGGACAUAUACCGUACGGGACGCCUGGUGUUACAGACUCGCAGCAGUAGGUGUAACCCAACAGUCCAUGGAGGCUUUCAGGCUUGAUCACUGGUUUUAUCUUACUGGAUGCACAAAGACAGAGCUCUGACUGGGUACAUCCUGAUGUUAUUUGUGGUUGCUGCUUCCAUGCAGCAUUAAACUUGAAAGGUGGGGUUCAUAUAGGUGCCCGACCAUCAAGAAUUUCUGCUGUGGAAUAUAACAUCAGCAAACAAUAUGCAAGACUGAGAGUCCAGUCCCAGUUUUGUAACACUCGUUCUUUCAGAUGCUAUGAAGAUGAUGUGCAUUGAGGAAAAAUGGGUGUGUGUUGCAUGUUUUGAAUAAUUCUGAAGCACAUGAAGUAUUUUGUGAAACUAAAUAAUAUGGGCAAAGUCCUAAAGCAAUUUUGUUUGGGGAUGGAUCUCUAACGGUUUGUAUCGCUAGACAGGGUGAGUUUCACAGAAUCUGAAAAUAUUGGUGGUUGUUUAAUAUUCUGGAAAAUAAUCAUAGAACCAGAUACGUUUUUUUAAGUUCCUAUAAACUGACAUACUCGUCCAUACAUUAACAUUGGGAACCGUAAUAUAAUUUCAUACAUGCAGUUGUAUUUAAAAAAAAAAACAGUGUUUUUGCUUUCUAGAAGACUUCCAGGUGUCGUUUAUUAAAACUUUUUAAUUUUUCCAUUUAUGGUUUUAUUUUACUUUUUUUGUGUCUUCAAGUGUUUUUAUGGACAAUUAUGUCGUUGGAUGUCUUUAAAAUCCUUAUUUGAAAGAUACCAGCUCUGUACCUGCAUUAUAGUGUAAUAAGAAGCUACUCGAGUUGUUGGAGUGAAAAGGGUAGACCCAAAUUUUCUUUUAAAUUAAUUUUUUUCUGUAAUUUUUUUCACAGCUAAAUGUUGAUAUAUUGCGUGUGCUUUUUUGCAUGUGCUGAUUUUCUACAGAGAUUUUUUGUAACAUCACCAGCGUCUCUCUGCUCUCCUGCAUUCGAGUGUUUGGCAGAUUAAUGUCUCAUUGUUACGGCUGAUUCUUGUUUAGUGUGUAUUAUUUAUUUCUCUCACUUUAAGAAGAAUGCCAUGUAAAUUCAGUCAGGCUUUGUCCCAUAGUUUGUUUUAAUGAUCUACCUAAAUUGUAAAAAGUGUAUUUUUAUGAAAGCUGUUUGAGCCUCUGUUGAUAACAAGGAACUGAGGAAUAAAUUGGUGAAAAUGAAA